CAAAGGGAUCCACGGUUCUUCACUUCUUAGAGGGUGUUAGAGUUUUCUCUCUCGAAUUGUCUGGAGAUAACUCUUUUUCAAAGACUUUUUACAAGCGGAAGUUCACGGCAUUCUUAAAAUAAGAUCUUGGAAAGCGCCUGAAUCCGUUUGGAAUCAUCGUUGAGAAUGUGGAUGUGGAGAAAGGAUCAUUGACAGAUUGAAGAUAAGUGUGAAUCUUUGAGUUCAACGGCAACAAAAAGCAGAUAAGUUCUCUUACAUUACUUUUUUUUAUCAAACUCCAAAAAGAUCAUAGGCAGACACUAAUCUAAUAGUGUUCUAGCCAGAUUCUUAUUUUGGGGACAUUGUCCCGAGUCCCUGUUGCGUGAAAGCUAGCUUAGUCCCAAUACAAAAUCUAAAUCUAUCUCCCUAGAAACUGUUGGUUGGUUGGUAGUGCAAAGAGAUGUUUGGCGGGGGAUGGAUUGAGAGUAACACCUACUUUAGUACCCACGGCUUUUUACAAAACAACCAUCGGCUUACAAAGUCUUUUAAGACAAAAGGCUAUGAAUUGGUUAUGAGCUUGUUGGAUGGAUAUAACGACCACAAGUGAUGAAAACUACUUGUCCCGAGUCCCGUUGCGUGAAACUGUUGGAUGGAUAUAACGACCACAAGUGCUGAAAAAUAAUUGUCCCGAGUCCCGUUGCGUGAAAUAACGAACAAAGUUAUGAAAAGUAGUAAACCCACGGCUUUAUUAAUAUUGGAAUGCACGGUUUGAGAGAAGUCUUCAGACAAAGACUACUUUAAAUCUAAACCAUGUCCAUUGCUUAACCACAACUCAAUGAAGCAAAGGAUGUUUGAGGGUGUAAAGUGUGAGAAAAUUUAGUACCCACGGCUUAAAAAACAAGUCUUUAGACAGAGACUCUGAUUGUAAGAAAGUCUUUAGACAGAGACUGUAUUCAUUACAUUAGUACCCACGGCUUGCAAGAAAGUCUUUUGACAAAGACUGUGAACUUCAUCGCAUUUGUACCCACGGCAUGCAAAAAAAAUCAUUUGACAAAAACUGUGAUUGAGAACGUCCUCAUCACAUUUAUACCCAUGGCUUGCAAAAAAAAAGUCUUUAGAUAGAGACUGAUGAAAAUGUAUUCAUCACAUUAGUACCCACGGCUUAGAAAGUACCCACGGCUUAGUAAAUACCAACGCCUUUGCAAAAGAAGUUUAAGACAGGCUAUGAGAUCGUCCCAAUUGCUCUAAAAACUAUUGGUUCGUAGUGCAUGUCUAUGCGAGAGAUGUUUGGGGAUGGUAAGUAAAACUUACUUUCGUACCCACGGCUUUACAAAAUGUCUUUAGACAGAACAUGACUAUGUCUAAGGCUAUGAGAUCGUUGAAAAAAUUCCUUAACACAAAGGCUAUGAAUUGGUUUAAAAUAACGAUCACAAGUUCUGAAAAGUAAGUAAACCCACGGCUUUAUCAAUAUUGGUAUGUACGGUUUGAAAGAAGUCUUCAGACAAAGACUACUUUAAAUCUAAACCAGGUCCAUUGCCUAACCACAGCUCUAUGAAGCAAAGGAUGUUUGAGGGUGCAAAGUGUGACACAAUUUAGUAUCAACGGCUUAAAAAACAAGUCUUGAUUGUAAGAAAGUCUUUAGUACCCACGGCUUUUUACAAAACAACCAUCGGCUUAAAAUAGUCUUAAGACAUAAAAUGACUAUGGUUAUGGCUAUGACUAUGAAAUUGAUGGAUGGAUAAAGAACCAUCGGCUUGCAAAAUGUCUUUAAGACAAAAGGCUAAGCCUUAAGAAAAAGACUAUAUAUAACCUUAUUUUACACUUACAGGGUAACUAUGAGGCAUUUUGCGUCAACUAAAGACUAAUUAGAUUUAUGAUUUCCUCAGGUUUUGUAUGUGCUUCAGAAGACUCAGAGACGAUUUCAAGUGUAUCAGAUUUCUUUGACAGGUAUUGUUCAUAUCCUCAUUGACGCUUGUUCAGACAAGAAGGUUAAGAAGCACUCUUUGUGACUUCGUGGAUGGAACUUCUUCUUGCAGCAAAGCAAUCCGGAUCCAACACAUACGUCUCUCUGAUGCCAACAAGGUUUCGAUCCAUUAAGAAAUAUAGAAAGUCAGUUUUGGUUAUUUCUUAAAUCAUGGUGGAGCCUUGCGAGACAUGUAACAACAACGGUGAAGCAUAUCAGAUGGUUAGUUAUCAAAACCAUCACAACUCCAGGAUACCAUCAUCAUUGCUAGAAUUGAGAGUGUUCUACGUCAGAAUCAGCAACUUGAAGGUGGAUGAAUCCACACCUGAGGUCCUCACAAUCACUCACAUCCCUCUUGAUCCUGAUACACUUGUCGAGAUCAACGGUGUCAGAACGAGCAUCGUUUCCUCUCAGCUAAGGAGAGAUCGUGUUGAUAAGAACUCAGAAGCAGCUACUUUCAUCAGCACAGACAACAUCAGGCUAUCUGGUAAUGUGAAGUUGGAGGUAUACGACAAAGAUGAGCUUGUUUUGUCUGGAACGUUAGAGAUGUCUGGUGGUGGUAGUAAUAGCGUGAAGCAGCGGUGGGGAAUGAACUGUGAAGCUACAGGGUAUGGUUUCUUGAAGGAGUUGUCUUCUCCGUUGCCAAUUGUUGAAGUAGUAUAUGUCACUGGUUGCUUCUCAGGAACACCCAUUAUUUUGACAAAGACGCUACAGCUUGGUUCCAGAAAGAAGAAGAGUAGAAGGACUGGAUUAGAUUCGAUUCCGGAGUACGAAGCUGGUGAGCCACGGAAAGAUUUUGAGGUAACAGAAUACGGAAGCUAUAAAGAAGAAUAUGAUGAUAUGUAUUUGGGAAGAGAGUACGAAGAUGGAGAGAUGUCAUGGUUCAAUGCGGGUGUGAGGGUUGGUGUAGGAAUUGGGCUUGGAGUAUGUGUAGGACUCGGCAUUGGAGUUGGACUUCUGGUUCGAACCUAUCAAUCAACCACCAGAAACUUCAGAGCAAGGCUUUUCUAGUUUCAACUCAAAUUUGCCUCAAGCUUCUUUGUUUUCUCUAACUCCACUCAAUCACCAAUCUCUUUUGACUGCUAUAUAGCUAAUACUGGUGUGUAGUAAUAGACUUUCUUCAAGUGUUUUUCUCUUCUCUGUGUGCCUUCAAUUUUUGAAAGAUUGUUCUCUUCUUGUGUUUGUUGAGAUUCAGAAAGAAACAAAGCUUAUGACUGCCUAUAUUAGUAUCUGUAAGAUUUCUUGGAUUGACUUAGAAGACUGUAAGAGUUACUUAUAGUAUGGUCCCUUUGAGAUAAAUAUAUAAACAAAACAAAGAUGAUUUUGGAUCCAGGGGUUUAGAUUUAUGUAUUUUUUCAGGUAAUUGUACAACAAACAUACAUCAGUAAAAAGACCACAACAAACGUCUUCACAUAUACCAUUCAUAUCCUCCACAAAUGUUCACUAGUCCUCUUCGCUAACAACUGUUACAACUAACUUCAUUGCACUACUGUAAAAGCUGAUGCACCACAAUCACCAAUCUUGCCUUUCAUCAUCUCAGACCCUCUAUGUUUUGCUAUUCAAUGCUUCCUAUAUCUUGAUGAAAUUCUUCUCCGAAGUUGUAUGAUCAGCUGUAGUUCUUGCUGAUCAUCUGAUUCUAAAACACCCAACAACUCUGAAACUGAUUCGAACUACCACUAUCAGUAUCUUGAAGUCACAGGAACCGUGGCCAGACGAGAAUCCACAUAUAGCUUUAGACCAUCAAGAGAGUUGUUGUGAAACUACUGUGAUGACAGAUGAGUAACAAAACCGACAUUGAGACAACACUUACUUUUACCAAAAGCCUACAUUUACUACUUGAUUA